CAACUCAUUUUCGAUCCCCCUUCAUCAGUGUUGUUCUCGAUCUUUUCUCACGCUGCGAAUAAUUUAUAAAACCCUAGUUUUCAACUCGUCUUCUUCAAUUUCGAUCAGUUACUCAAGUAGGUUUCUCAGUAUAGAAAAUGACCGCACUGGAUGCCACGAGGGCGGAGCUUGCCCUCUUAAUACUGUAUCUAAACAAAGCUGAAGCCAGGGAUAAGAUUUGUCGAGCUAUCCAGUACGGAUCAAAGUUUCUUAGCAAUGGAGAACCCGGCACUGCACAAAAUGUUGACAAAACGACAAGUCUGGCUCGAAAAGUUUUUCGACUUUUUAAGUUUGUUAAUGAUCUGCAUGCCCUUAUUAGUCCGGUGCCACAAGGAACUCCUCUUCCUCUGAUUUUACUUGGAAAGUCCAAAAAUGCAUUGGUAUCAACAUUCCUGUUUCUAGAUCAAGUUGUGUGGGCAAACAGGACAGGGAUAUACAAGAACAAAGAACGCGCGGAGCUAAUUGGGAGGAUAUCACUUUAUUGCUGGCUGGGUUCUUCUACUUGUGGUACAAUAAUUGAGUUGGCAGAACUCCACCGGCUAUCCAAAUCAAUGAAGAAAUUAGAGAAGCAGUUGAAACAUGCGGACAAAUACGAAGAUGAGGAAUAUCGAGCGAAGCUAAAGAAGUCCAAUGAGAGGUUGCUUGCUCUUAUUAAAUUAUCUAUGGAUCUGACGGUAGCCGUUGGGCUUCUACAGCUGGCACCAAAGAGGGUGACUCCGCGUGUAACAGGAGCAUUUGGAUUUAUUAGCUCCCUCAUCUCUUGUUAUCAGUUGCUUCCUGCCCGAUCAAAGGCCAAAACGACUUGAGGAAGUUUACAUUACAUCUGUGGAUGAUGUUGCUACCAGAGGAAUAAUAAAUACACUUAAACAACCGACAAGGGCGGGAGAGGCCAUAUCUGUAGGAUAAGGGAAUAAUGGAGAAAGCUGAUGCCUUUCUGGGUAUGAUUCCUCUGUUUGGAUAUCUAUGGUAGCUUCAUAAUUAUACACUAUUUCUUUCUUCAUUGCGCCUGCUAAUUGUGUUGAUACUCGGUGUAGAUGUUUUUAGCUUCCUUGCAAUCAGUAUAGUGGUUUGCUCCUUUACGGUGGGACAUCCAUUUGAUUUUGGUUUC